AUGUAACAUUUUGUAACAGGAAUAUUAUAAUCAUUUGGUUUGUGUGGAUUAAGAAAUAAGUUGGUUCAUUUUGUAGCUUUUAGACCACCUGAAGCUUCAUAUGAAUUAAGAUUGAGAAAAUCAAAUAAUCAUAAGAGUCAUACAAAAUAGAAAUACAUAUCAUCAGAUGAUAACUAAAUUUCUGAUCAAUCUUAAAACAAUUAAUCAUAGACUCACAGAAAGACUUAAUCUUAAUAUAUCUAAAGAAGAAGAAGAUAUAUAAGAAAUUCUGAGUAAAAUUGUAUAUUAUCAUAACAAUAAGAGAGUAUCCAGAAUAUGAUUUUAUCAAACUUUCAUCAGAUAAAUCAAAAGAUCAAAAUGAAGAUUUUAUUGUUAGUUCUGAUAUUUGUAGUGUUACAGCCUAUUUUUUAAAUUAAAAGAAGAAUAAAUAAAUGGCAUGUGUCUAUCUAAAUCGAAAUAGUGAUUAAAUCAUUUUAUUCAGUCAUGGGAAUGCUUGUGAUUUGGGUAUGAUGAUUGACAAACUUAUAAGUAUUACUAUAUUUAUUAAUUAUUUAAGAAUUGGUCUAGUAUACAAACACCAGUGUUUUUGCCUAUGAGUACAGUGGUUAUGGAUAAAGUGAUGGAGUAAGUAAUGAUAUCAACAUCAUUCGUAAUAUAUAUACUGCCUAUAACUUUUUGAUCCAUUAAUUAGGAUACAAGGCUACAUAAAUUAUUGUUUAUGGAUAUAGCAUUGGAUCUGGACCAAGUGUAACCUUGGCUUCCAAUCCUUAAUAUCCUAUAGGUGGACUUAUAAUAUAGAGUGGGUUUAGUUCAGGCUUAAGGGUUAUAUCUAAUAAGAUAGAUGAAACUCCCUUUUAUGAUAUGUUCCCUAAUAUUGAUAGAAUUUAAUUAGUUUCAUGUCCAGUAUUCAUUAUGCAUGGUGCCAAUGAUAAAAUUAUAUCUGAUGAACAUGCAAGGCAAUUAGCUAGCAAAACAAAUAAUUUGUAUGAAUUAUGGAUUCCUGAAAAUGUUGGUCAUUGUGGUAUAGAAACAGACAUCCAGAACCGUUAAUAAUAUUUUUAGAAACUAUAGAAAUUUAUUUAACGUAAUAUAUAUACAAUCUAUUUAUUUAGAUAUACAAAUGUUAAAUGAAAGUAUACCAGAUUUGUUAAAGAAAAAUACAGCACUUAUAUAAGGAAAGAUACCUUGUAAAUCACAUUUUUACUAAACUAAAAUAUUUUGA